GACCCCCCUGCUCGCACGCCGGUCUUACUCUUGCAGACAGCAAAACACAUUGUUGCUUGAGCUUAAGCAUACCUGCAACUGGAUAUACACAUGUCAAGCACCUAACGCACACCCUGAGGCACCGCUUCACAAACCUUCUCUCUCGUAGUUUUGCGCUUAUUUCCGCCUUGCGCCUUGCACCGCUACCUCUAGCGUCUGGCCUACCGUUUAAGUCAGAUGUUUGGAAACAAGUUUAAUACCGCGAAAGUUGAGACGACGAGUAGGCUGUGCGUGGGCCGCAUCAAACUCCUGCGCAACAAGAAACAGGUCCAGCUGAAGCAGUCCCAGCGCGACAUCGCAGAGCUGCUGCGGGCCGGCAAACAGGAGUUCGCACGCAUCCGGGUGGAGGGAGUCAUCCGGGAGAAGCUGCUGCUGCAGGCCUAUGAGAUCCUGGAGUUGUACCUGGAGCUCAUCACGGUGCGCGCACAGCUGCUGGCCAAAACCAAGGAGCUGCCACGUGACAUGAUGGAAGCGGUCAGCAGCAUCAUAUACGCCGCGCAGCGCAUCAACGACCUGCCGGAGCUGUCCACGCUGCGGCAGCUGUUCGGCGCCAAGUACGGCAAGGAGUACGCCACGGAGGCCUCCGCGGACGCCACCACAGCCAAGUGGCAGGUGAACGCCAACUUGAUCCGCUGCCUGCUGGUGGAGGCGCCGCAGCCCGAGGAGAAGCUGGCGAUGCUUUCGGAGAUUGCGCAGGAGGGCGGCGUGGAGUGGGACCUGGCGGCGGCGGCGCGCGAGAUGGGCGUCAUGGCCCCCGGCGGCGCAAUGCAGGCGGGAGCCAUGCCGCUGCCGCCACUCACUGCGCACUCGUCAGGACACUCCAUCUCCAGUGCUGCUGGGGGCGGCGGCGGCGGCGCUGCGGGGCCGGCGGCCAUUGCGGGACCCGGAGGUGGUGGUGUAGGUGGUGGUGGUGGUGGUGGUGGUGGUGGUCACGGCGGGCUGCCGCCGCCGCCGCAUCAGCAGCAGCACCCAGCUGCAGCACAGUACGCCAACGCACACCAAGCGGCAGCGGCCGCAGCCGCCGCGGCGGCGCAGGCGAAUGCGGCUGCCGCAUACGCGGCACAGAUGGCGCACGGCGGCGGCGGCGCCCCGCCGCCGCCCGGCCACCCGUCAGGCGGGCCGCCGCCCUCAGGCUCGGGUGCACCACCGCCGCCGGGCUGGCUAGUAGCCCCGGGGUCCGAGCACGGCGCGCCGCCGCCGCCAGUCGGGCCGCCCGCCGCCGCCGGCUUCCAGCACCCGCCCGCCCACGGCGGCCCUGGCGCCGCCGCGCCGCCGCCUCCGGCUGUCGCUCACGACGACGGCGACCCGCGGCCGGGCGGCAGCGGCUUCGUCGUGCGCAGCAACGAGGACAUACAGCGGGCCUACGACGCCGCACUGGGGCCGCCCAGCAAGGGCGCACCUGCGGCGCCGCAGCUCCCGCCCGACAACUCGCCGCACCUGCCCUCGCCGCCCGCCACGCUGCCCGGCUCGGCGCCGCCGCCGCAGGUGGAGGACGAGUACGAGGAGCUCACGCGCCGCCUGGAGGCGCUCAAAAAGAGCUGAAAGCGGCAGGGAGCGGCAAGGAGCGGCAGGUGGCGGCAGGGAGCGGCAGGGGCAGGGCAAGAGCAGGAGAUGUUGCUGGGGGGUUCCAUGGCGGCAGCGAGGGGCACUUGGAGCACGAGGAGUGAGGAUGCAUGAGGAACGAUGAUGCAUGGCGGGGUAGGGGCCUAAGGGGAGCGCAUGCAUUGAAAGACUUGCGGCGGCGGUACCAUAGGCGUGUCACGUCACAGCGACAGCAGCAGCAACAUGUCCGCCUGUGCAUUCAACGAAAAGCGUAAGCUAGGGCAAGACCCGUGGGCAAGAGCUGAGCAGCGCUGCAAGGCGGCGUGCAGUUGGGGUGCGCGGGCCAGCGCCCGCUGACUGCUGGAGGAAGACGUGCUGCGCUGCAUUGGGCAUCAGGGCAUGGCUGGAGGGGGAUGAGCGCAUACGUGGAGUGUGCGGCGUGUUGGCGUGGCAUGGGCAAGGCAGCGCCACUGGUAGAGGCGUCGUGCCCAUGCGGGUCGACACUGCUGCUGCGCCACCGGAGGCAGUUUGCGGGCGGGGUCGGAACCCCCAUGCGGCGGCUGCGGUCGCGGGUGGGCUGUUGCUGCGGUGCGUUGCAUGUGGCGCGAAUCGGUGAAUGCCGCGCGCGCCGAGGGAGAGGGGGGUCGACUGUGUGGUCUGUUGCCGCUGGGCUGUGGUGUGGUGGGCGGUAUGCUGCCGCGCUGCCGUUUGGUUCAGGCGCUGAUUUAAGGAACCGACGCGAAUAAGUGCCAGAGAUCUUUCAUUCAUGCUGUGUUCCGAAACGCCAUAGAAAUGGGAGCGGGGCUGCGGGGGCCG